UCAUCGCUAUGUUGACGUGGCGUGAGCGGUGGCAACCCAAGGCUCGUAGCCAGCUAGCCAGCUCGGAUGUGUGGAGGCGAUGCUACACGACGGCGGAUUAUCGUCGCCCGACGCAGCCAUGGGCGUCAUUGAGGGUAACUAGCUGAUCGGUAUACACCUUCCCAGAAGAUGACUGGUCGGGGCCAGCACUACGGCUUCCAAGGGGCCACCAUUGUUCAAGCCUCCAACGGUGGUCAUGCCUACCUGUUUGGGACAAAUAGUUCGGAGAACGAACAAUCGGAGGAAGAUGGGGAAAGCUGUGACCUGCGGCCACGUAGCAGAGACCGGAACAGAAGGAGCGUGUCCAGGGAGAGGGUGGACGACAUCGUCUACCUAAGCAGAGAUGUCAAGGAGGGCGACACCCUGAACAGCAUCGCCUUGCAGUACCAUUGCUCGGUGGCAGACCUGAAGCGUGCCAACAACCUGGUGACGGAGCAAGACUUCUUCGCCCUGAGAUCUGUGAAAAUCCCCGUCAGACGCUUCAGCAUGCUGACUGAAACCCACAAACCAGGACCUCCCAAACCGGCCUCCCUUUCCCAAACCCAGACCUCCGCCAUCACCGCCCUCCCCAUGGAGUCGUCCACGGACUCCUCCUCUUCCACGGACAGCGUGGAAGGCUUCCUCCAGGUGAAGGACAAGGACAUCGAGCAGCUGGUCAAUUCCACCGGCCCGUCGACGAGCAGCCUGAGCGAGGUGGUGUCCUCCCUGACGCACCUGCAGAGUCAGCCCUCGCUGGGCAAAUUGGAGUACAAAGCGGCGCAGAAAAAGGACCCGUAUUACGGCGCGGACUGGGGCAUGAGGUGGUGGACGGCCGUGGUCAUCAUGCUGGUGGUCGGCAUCGUCACGCCCGUCUUUUACCUGCUGUACUACGAGGUCCUCAUGAAGACCGAGGUAAGCCAUCACGCCGUGCUCACGGGGGCUCUCGAGGACACGCCUCCCGGACAUCCGCACGGUCCAAUAGGAGACGGCCAUGCUGGAGCUGAUCGCUCACACGCCGGACACGUAGCUCAUGUCGCCCUGCAAGGCCUCGGCGUGAACAAUGAACAUGAGAAGACGUAACUAACACGGACUCCUAAUAAAACGCUUUUAAUGAUAUGAUCAAUGCAAUCUUGACGGGGAAAGAAUUUGAUAUAUUUCUAUUAAUUUAACCUUUGUCAUCCAUGCUGCUGCUGCCUUUUGAAGCCACAUGCAAUUUCCCAAUAGAAAUAUAGACAAAUCAUUUUCAGGACUCAUUGAAACGUUUAUUGUGCACUUUGGAUUUGAAGCAGGGGUGUCCAAACUUUCUCCAUCGAGGGCCACUUUCAGAAAAAAUGAAAGCUGCACGGUGGAAUAUUUUACAAUUAAGGGUAAUUGCACUUUUUUGUAACUUUGCCUGUCAUUAUGAGACAGGAACACACUUUUUGGGGGUGGAUUUGAAAGAUUAUUAAAAAAAAUGGUUGGGAAGACACGGUUAAUGGGAGUCACCGUUGUUUCCUUGAAAACUCUCCAGCAACGUUUUGUAUAAACACUGCAAGUCUAUCUAUAAUGUAGUACCAGACACCUUCAUAAUAUGUACAAUAUUUACCGUAUUUGGUCAUUUUAAUCACUGCUGGUACUAAUUCUUCAGCGCAUUUAUUUCUUUUUCCAUAGCAACGCACGUCUGACUUCCAGUGGGUUCCUACCUACGGAUACAAAACGCUCGUGUCUUCUAAUCAUGGCAGGUUCGAUAACAAAGACAACUAUUUCUGGAUAAAUGAGGAUUCACAACUUUAUAUUUUUGAACCUGAAUAUACUGAGGAACUACUGCUUCUAGAAGUGAACACGAAAGAAGAGCGAGACUUUGGAGCAGACGGAAGCCGAGAGAGUUAAGUGAAAGGAAAUCGAAGCUAAAAAAUGUGGAACUUGAAGAGGAGCUAUUUUGACAUAAAUGGAUUGCUUACCUAUAAUUAAUCUGAAAAAACAUCCCGGACCAGUUGGACCAGAUGAACAACUGUCCACACCUAUAUUGAUCAUGCGUGUUAUUACAACUACAGUACUCUGUACAAACAAAACAUGAAAUAAUUAUACUGUAACAUGAUUGUUAAUUUUUUCACUCAGUACAUAUUUGUGUCUUAUCACAUGGUGUUGUAUUACAAACUCAAACAAGUUUCGUGCCGACGUAAAAAAACUCUUAUUUCUUGCCGUAGUAGCCCGCCGAUGUGUUACUACGCUAGAAAAAGAGUUCCUCGGUGUUCGCGCUUACAAUAACAAUGUUGCUACAGUUUGGUUAUCAUACAGGUUACAGAACGUGAAUGAAGUAUUGACGCUCUUUGAACGCAUUUAAAAGCGAUUUAGAGAUAGAAUUGAUUGCAUUGCUAGCCACCUAGAACAAGCUGAUUUUUAAAUGUUAAAAAGCGAAAAAAACAACCGUUUGUCUUCUUGUCUCUCAUGAUUGUAAAAUAAGCAAAAAUAAAGAAAAGUGCAGUUCCCCUUAGAGCAAACCAGUGUGCAUCAAUAGAUGCUAAGCUAUCUUAAAACAAACAUUUAGCAUUAUUAUAAAUGACAUAGACCAUUAGUGUAAUAUAACGAGGGCUGUCAAGGAUAUAAACUCAUGUGAUCAUUUCAAACAUCGCAUUCAUCAAGAAUAUAUGCAGAAUACCUUCUAAUCUACUUUAACAAUAUAAUUGCAUUUGUGUCCAAAUACUGUAGUCUUUUUUUGAAAAUGUAGUCAAAUGAUGCAGGUGAGUAAUACUACUUGCAAAAGUUGGGAUUAAUCCUUAAUGGUUAACAGCACUACUUACAACUAUGGAAGCCCACUUGUGUCACACCCAAAAAAUCCCCGAAUGAGAUAAAAAGUUAAAAUGAGUCAAAUAUGAGAUGAAGUCAAGUAUGAGA